AUGGCAUCGCUUGUUGAUCUUGUAAGAAGCUUGAAUGCUGCUUUCACUAGUGGGGAUAAUGACAGUUGUCAAAAACUCCUAUCUCCCAUCAAGAUUGAAUUGAUCAAGAAUAACCUACUGGUUCCAGAUUUGGCAAGAGCUAAGAACAAUGAAGGUUAUUUGAAUGAUUUAGAGAGCUCACGAAAGAUAUUGGAGAUUGGUGCGCUGUGCAGUGUGAGAAAUCGGGAUUUCGAGUCAUUUCAAAGCUUUUUCUCACAGCUUAGGGUAUUCUAUUUCAGCAAUGUGUCUAAAUUGGAGGAGUCCGAAAAUAGAUCGGAAUUGAUCAGCCUUUACCUGCUUAUUCUCCUAUCGCAAGGCGAUGUAACCAGAUUCCACUCAGAAUUGGAGUUUUUGGGCAAAAGAUUGGGAAAUUUGGAAGAAGAUGCGUUUUUGUCAUACCCUAUAAAAGUGGAGAAAUGGCUCAUGGAAGGUUCAUAUCAAAGGGCUUGGGAUUUACUGAAGAACGAAUCCAAAGUGGAGGAGUUCAACAUCUUCACUCAGACACUAAUGGAUGCUAUUAGGGAAGAAAUUGGUCGCAAUACCGAACUUGCGUACCAGAGGUUGCCGCUAUUCAAUGUAAAGGCGCUCUUGUUUUUUACGAGUGAAAAGGAUACAGAACAAUUUGCAUUAGCCAGGGGCUGGAAAGUGGUGUCCGGCAGCGUGGUGUUUGACGAAGAAGAGUCGUCAGAAGUUCAGCAGCCCACAAGUAUUGUCGAAAAGACACUGGAUUAUGCUAUUCACUUGGAAAGCAUUGUGUAA